ACUUCAAUUCAUUGAAUCUAAUAAGUUAAGGUUCUACAAGACAUUCUCAACUUUAUAUUCGUUAAAGCUCCUUACCCUAAACAAUCGAGUCCAGUCGAAUUGUGAGCGGUGUUAGUAUUGGUCACUCAGAAUAUGAUGGAUAUAGAUCAGUUAUUCCAGAACUUAUAGGCUAAGUGGUAGUUAUAAGUAGUAUAAGUAGUAUAACUCCUCCCGCUCGAGGAUAUAAACCCUAAAUGCGGAUUACGCUGAUCUACAUAACAUAUAUUGUCCCCUUUACUCCUGAUAUCUACGCAGAAUACCAUCAACGCAACAACCCUACUUCUAUUCUAUCAGAUCCCGGCCUUCACGAUCCUAGUUAUCUAAAUCCUAACCUUCCCCGCAUUGAUAUAUACUCUUACUUGUGUGCUAGGUUUAACUACCCAAAAUCGAUUCUACCUAAUUAAGGCUUAGUAUAUUAUGCGUAAUAAUCAUAAGGUAGCAUUGUAGAUCUAUGUGUAGUUAAGUCUUAUCAAACCGCUGCUUUGGAAGGGGCUUCUAGGUGGUAAUGAGGGGCGGGGAAUAUCAUCUCUAAAUAAAAUGCAUCCAUGACCUGCUUACUACCUUAGCAUGUUAGCCAGUACUAGAGGAACAUGGAUGAGAAGAAAUUGACAGUCGAGGCUACCUCGAAUAAUCCUGUGAGCGUUUCUAACCCGACUCCUAUUCAGCUAGAAGGAAAAUCAGCGGCGUCCUCUAGAGAUCUCGACGAUGCAUACGAUCUCUAUCAAAGACAAGAUGCCGUCGACCUCGAUCCUCACGAAGAACGUCAGGUGCUACGAAAAAUCGACUGGCAUAUUUUACCACUUCUGAUGGGAACUUACUUGCUUCAAUACCUUGAUAAGUCAAGCGUCAACUUUGCAAGUGUCUUUGGGUUUAGACAAGGGACGAAUCUCCAUGGGCAGGAUUAUUCGUGGUCCUUGUCUAUAUUUUACUUCGGAUACUUGGUAGCACAAUGGCCAGCUGGCUAUCUCUUGCAAAGGCUUCCAGCCGGGAAGUUCAUCGGUAGCAGCAUUCUAGUUUGGGGUAUGCUCACCAUUGUUACCCCGGCAUGCAAUAAUUUCGCCGGGAUAGCAGUGAACCGCUUCUUGCUCGGAUGCUUCGAGGCAGUAGUGAAUCCGGGCUUUGUGCUCGUCCUUUCAAUGUGGUGGAGACAGGAUGAGCAGCCUAUGCGAUUGACAACUUACUACAGUAUGAAUGGGAUAGCUGGGAUUUGUGGCGGUCUACUUGGCUAUGCUAUUGGCCAUAUCACAUCUGGCCUGCCUCCGUGGAUGUACAUCUUCCUUGUGUUCGGUUCUAUAAGCUUGGCUUGGGGUAUUAUCUUCCUGAUCAUCAUGCCUGAUAUUCCGUCAACAGCGCGGUUCCUGAACGAAAGGCAAAGAGUUAUCGCAGUUGAGCGAGUAGCUAAGAACAGACAAGGUGUGAAGAACCAUCAUUUCAACCCCUAUCAAAUGUGGCAGUGUCUCCUGGAUCCAAAGACAUGGAUUUUAUUUGUUAUGGCCAUCGCAGCGCAGAUUCCAAAUGCUGCUCAGUCAAGCUUCACGUCCAUAAUUCUGGGGACAUUUGGCUUUGAUGUGCUCCAGACGCAGUACUUGCAAAUCCCGGGGAAUUUAGUGCAAGUCUUUUCCCUUCUCCUAUCUGGUUGGAUUAGCUCUCGAUUUCCAAAUAUGCGCUGCGUGGUAAUGCUAGUGGGAAACUUGAUCUGCGUUGGCUGUGGUGCAGCUCUUGUCGGAUUACCGGUUGGUCCUGACGGCACACAGAACAGAUGGGGUCGACUGGUUGCGCUCUGGCUAUGCUCAUUCCAAUCUGUAGGUUUUAGUUUGAGCUUGACGAUGGUAAGUAGCAACGUGGCCGGAUAUACUAAGAAACAGCUCACGGGAGCUUUCCUGUUCGUGGGCUAUUGUGUUGGGAACAUAAUAGGGCCGCAAACUUUUAUCGACACGGAGGCACCGUUCUAUACCUCAGCGUACAUUGCGAUUCUCAUCGGCUAUUCUGUGAAAACAGUAAUGGUCAUCAUACUGUAUAUAUAUAUGUGGUCGGUAAAUAGGAAACGGGAUCGCGAAGCUGCCUUAGAGGGCCCCGGAUUUUCAGAGGAACAAGAGAAACAAGCUAUUGAACAAGGAAUGAAGGAUGUUACCGAGUUGGAUAAUAAGGGCUUUAGAUACGCUCUAUAAAGCCAUGCCGGCCUAGAAGACUAUUUUACCAACUAUCAUUACUUUUGAUUCCAACCAGUUAAGCAUUUACAUAUACACUAACUACUAGUUGAUGAUGUUUGAUUUUUAUUUAUUUAUGGAGACAUACAAGCUUACAUAUCCGGUCUUGUUAACUUACAAAUUGGUUAGGAUUGGGUUUCUUGGGUACUUGUUGAAGCUGAACAGUCCUUUACCCAAAUUAUAUGAAUUGUUAUUAUUAUCGCAACAUGAAUUGCAAUGAAAGGAGAGGGUUCCAAGGUUAUUUUUGACCCUCUAAGAUUUUGAAAAGAAAAAAAAGCUUGUUCUAAGGAGGGAACCUAUUCAAUUGUCCAGAACAAAUUGAUCUUUUUGCCGCCAUGACAUAGGUUCGAAUCCGAGAACUACGAAAAACCCCAAGAGAUUUUUCUACGCCGUCAUUUCCUUGACUGCUGCGUCGUGACCAUUCGACCAGUGGGCCUCGGAUCAGGAGGUGAUGGUGAGAGCUCAGUAAUAUUAUUAUACAGCCGCCAUUAUUAUCUAUUUUUCCUGUAGUUGAACACGUAUUUUAUCUACGGCCACCUAAUUAAUAUAAAGGAGGGUGUC